AUGCCGCAGCUCGCGCGCGCGAUGCAGGCGAUGCUCGGGCUCGACAACCAAGGCGGGCUGGUCGGAAACGGAAACGGCGAGCGCGGCGCGGCGAGCGGGAUGGCGCGCGCGACGGCGGCGGCGGCGAACGGGAACGGGACGGAGAGCGGCGAUGAGCGUAAUUCUUCGUCGUCUGAUCCGGAUCGUUCGCGGAAUCCGACGUGGACGCCCGCGGAGGAGGCGGACGCGCUCGAGGAGGUGCGCAUGGCGGUCGAGCAGCUCGUGAUUCCGCACCAAGAGCCCGUGGAGCUUCUCCCUCGCGCGGAUCGCGUGCGGCGGAUGCAGGCGGAGGUGAUUCAGGGCGAGUACAGGCUGAAGCACGAGGAGUGCGGCGACGGCGCGGCGGCGAGGAUUAAAAUUCUGCCGUCGUACGUCGACGCGUGA